CCUACCAUGGAUUUGGUGAACCAGUUGGUUUUUACCCCUCCAUCUCAACCACGAUGAGCCAUUUCACGGGCAAGCUAACGACGACGCAAAGCCUAGAGGGCCGGCUCCUGUUCGCCGUGCCCAAGAAGGGCCGCUUGAACUCCGCCACGCUCAACCUGCUUGAGGGAGCCGACAUCCAGUUCCGCCGCGAGAACCGCCUCGACAUCGCCCUCGUCAAGAACCUCCCCAUCGCCCUCAUCUUCCUCCCCGCUGCCGACAUCCCCACCUUCGUUGGCGAGGGCCGCGUCGAUCUUGGAAUCACGGGCUGGGACCAGGUUCAGGAGCACGAUGCCGGCGUCAUUGCCAGCAACAAGGCCCGGAGAGCCUCUGUCUCGUUGAACGGCGAGGAUGCCGAGCUUCAAAAGGCCGGGGGCUGCGAGAUGGUCAUGGAGCUUGGUUUCGGCCACUGCAAGCUGCAGACUCAGGUCCCCGAGAAGGGCGCGUAUGCGACGACGGAGGACCUGAUCGGCAAGACCAUUGGCACCAGCUUCGUGAACCUGGCCGCCGAGCACUUUGCCAAGCUGGAGCUUGGUGUCGACUCGAACGGCAACAGCAACACCUCGCCCAAGAAGCUCCGCACCAAGGUCAUCGAGCUGAGCGGCAGUGUUGAAGCCGCUUGCGCGCUGGGUGUUGCCGACGGUAUUGUUGACCUUGUUGAGUCCGGAGAGACGAUGAGAGCCGCCGGUCUCAAAGCCAUCGACACCGUUGUCGAUUCGCAAGCCUGCCUUAUCAAGUCCCGUUCGCCUUCAAACACUGAACUGGUCGAUCUCAUCGCCGCUCGUAUCCGUGGUGUCAUCACUGCUCAGAAAUUCGUCUUGUGCCAGUACAACAUCGAGCGGUCCCGCCUAGCAGAUGCCAAGGCAAUCACCCCCGGCAAGCGGGCGCCGACCAUCACAACGUUGGACGAGGAGGGCUGGGUCGCCGUCAGCUCCAUGGUCGAGAAGAAGAAGAUUGCCCUCGUGAUGGACGACUUGACCCGCGUUGGCGCUCAGGAUAUUUUGGUGCUCGAUAUUCACAACACUCGAUAGACUUGACGUACGUGAAGAGGGAAAAGUUGUACAAAGACCACGAAACGUGUAAUGCACCCUGGACCGAGAUGGAAUUAUUCAUUCCCCGGAAUGAAGCUAAAGAAGGAAUCCAUAAAGAAGGGAUGACGUAAGACUGAAGCUGGGUGAUAUGCUCGUUCGUUGCAGUUGUGGCUGUGAUGCCGAGACGCGCAUCGAGCGUCGACAUUGCUUGCGUCGCUAGCGUGGCUUCAAAGCUCUGCCACCUGCUUGAUAACACAUCAGCCUUGAUAACGGUUGCCACGCACUGGGCACCGCGCUGAUCGGCAAACUACUGCUUAUGUUGCGCGUGCGGAUGAAUCGGCUGGCCAUCGAUGAUUUUUGUGUGUAUGUUUGAGCC